UAGCUUGGCAAUACCAUUACAAACUAUAAACAAACAUUCCGAGCGGCUAAAUAAAUCUUGAAAUAUUUUGUAAAUUUUACGUUUUCUGUGAAAAAAAUGGAUAGAGAAUGUGAACUUGAGCAUUUCGGGUUUACAGCAGAACAUUGUUCCCUGGAAAGAAAAUACUUUCUGCACAAAAUUUUACGAAGUGCUUUGGAUGCCAUGUUAAAUAAAUUUAAUGUAAACGAGGAAACCUCUGAGCUUUUGCGCAACGCUAAGGAGGAAGUUUUUGAAAAUAUAUGGAAGUCCAUGUCUGACGAAAUAGAGACUGCAAAUAAUUUAGAUAGAAAAUAUUUCACAAUACCAGAUCAUGUUCUAUUGCCUCCAUAUUUUGAUCAUGUUAAACAAUACACUGAACAAAAUGAACAGGAAUUGGAUGCACAAUUAGAUAUGUUAAAGAAAAGUUUUCUAGAGAAUUCCAUUAUGCUGGCUUCUCUCAAUUUGGAAAAUUCUCAAUACAAAAACUUCUCAACGUUUGUCGAUAAUGAAGUUAAAAUACAAGAACAAUUAAAGGAAGCCUUCAAUAGCGUUAAUAUGAAACAAAUGUAUGAAUUAGUUGAUAAAACUAACAAUUUAACAACUAAUGAAAGUAAUUUAGUUGAUAAAACUAAAAAUUUAAAAUUAUAAAGGAAUAUAUGUUACAAAUUAAAAAUUUUAUAAAAUUUUGAAA